CCACCUGGUUGGGUUACACAUCCCUGUUUCAUCACAGGGUCUUGUAUGUGGUUCCUGGGAUGCAUCGUUAAUAUUCACUCUGACUAUAUUCUCAGGAACCUCCGUAAGCCUGUAGAGACAGGCUAUGAGAUACCUAGAAGGGGCAUGUUUGAGUAUGUAUCAGGAGCAAACUUCUUUGGGGAGAUUGUGGAGUGGACUGGAUUUGCUCUGGCUGGUCACUCGGUCCAUAGUGCAGCUUUUGCCCUCUUCACUCUCAUUGUGCUGUCCAGCAGAGGAAUGGCCCACCACAAGUGGUUUCUCACAAAAUUUGAAGACUAUCCUAAAUCAAGGAAAGCUUUAAUACCGUUAGUGCUCUGAUCCUGUGACAGUAACAAAAUAUGGACUUUCUGAUGGUGAUGGAUACAAGGCUGUCCAAGCUCAGAGAACGAGAGGAAACGCAUUAUUUAUCUGCUGAAGAGAGAACUUUUAACCAUGUACUGCAAGUGUGACAAUAGCAGAACCAUUAAUCAUGUUAUACACACAUCUGAUCUAAAAU